AUGUCCCUCCCCGCCAAAUACAAAGCCGCGAUCUACGAUGCGCCCGGCUCUAUCUCAACCAAGGUUGUCGAACUGGAGAUGCCCCAGCCGGGCGCGGGUGAAGUCUUGAUCAACCUCACGCACUCCGGUGUCUGUCAUUCCGAUCUGGGUGUUAUGACGAACUCCUGGAAAACGCUGCCAUUUCCCACUCAGGCAGGGCAAGUGGGUGGUCAUGAGGGUGUAGGAAAGAUUGUAAAGAUGGGUCCUGGAACAGAGAACUCAGCAGUCAAGAUUGGAGAUCGCGUGGGAAUCAAGUGGAUGGCGGGAAUUUGCGAGGCGUGUGAGGCUUGUAGAGCGGGAAUUGAUGCUUCGUGUUUCUCUGGUAAAGUAUCGGGAUACUACACACCAGGUACCUUUCAGCAGUACGUCCUCUCUCCUGCAAACUACGUCACACCCAUUCCCGAAAGCCUCGAUUCCGCAGCCGCUGCACCCCUCCUCUGCGCUGGUGUGACAGUCUACUCUGCACUCCGUAAGACAAAUGCCGAAUCGGGUGCUUGGGUCGUGAUUGCUGGUGCUGGAGGUGGAUUGGGUCACUUGGCCGUACAAUUCAGUGCUCGAGGAAUCGGCCACCGCGUAAUCGGCAUCGACCACUCUUCCAAGAAGGACAUCAUCAUGGAGAGUGGUGCCGAGCACUUCAUUCCUGUAGACGGCACAGAGAACAUGGUCGAAGCCGUUCAAGCCCUCACAAACGGCCUCGGCGCACACUCUGUCGUAGUAUGUACGCAAAACAACGCUGCGUACGCUCAAUCAGUCGAUCUACUUAGAUUUGGUGGUCGAGUAGUGUGCGUUGGUAUCCCUGAGGGCGAUGUUGUGCCCAUCAAGAGCGCGAACCCUGGUGUUUUAGUCGCCAAGUCGUUGCAGAUUGUUGGAUCAGCUGUGGGAUCGCGGAAGGAGGCUAUUGAAACCAUGGAGUUUGCGGCACGCGGAAUCGUCAAGACGCAUUUCAGGACGGAGAAGAUGGAUAAGCUCACAGACGUAUUCAACGAGAUGCAUGAAGGGAAGCUACAGGGCAGAGUUGUGUUGGAUAUGACUGAGUAG